GCAACCGGAGUGGCAGCGGACAGAAGAGAGGGGAUCCCCGGGAUUUUUUUUUACGCCAAAGCCAGCUAAAUACAUCAAAGAAGUGAAAAUUGCUGGGGAACUCGACUAAGCUGCUCCUGUACACCGGUGAGAGCAGCCAUGUCGGAAGAGGCUGUGCGUCAAACGCGCAGCCAGAAGCGAGCUCUGGAGAGGGACCAUGCRGCUCUUUCUGGUUCCUUAGGGGACAAACGGGUAAAGCUGGAGAGAAGUGAUGCCGCUGGGACCCCACUGGCCCUCAUGGGGUCUGGAGCUGAGGGCAUCAAGCUGAAGAGUGAGCAAGCUGCUAAGGUAGCAGCCAGCAUCCUGAAGGCUGGGGAAGUAAAAGCUACCAUUAAGGUGGAGGUACAAGCUGGAGAUGAACCCGUUGAUAUGAGCACAACUAAAAGUGAAAUUAAGAAAGAGCAGCAGCCACCUUCACCAGAUGAUGUGAUUGUGCUAUCUGACAAUGAGCCCUCCAGCCCCCUCAUGAAUGGCCACUGCUUCACCAAGACGGAUACCAACAAACUCAUGAAUAGUUCGCCUGAGGAAAGGGAGCGCAUCAUAAAACAGCUGAAGGAAGAACUUAGACUCCAAGAGGCCAAACUUGUCCUCCUUAAAAAACUACGACAAAGUCAGAUCCAGAAAGAGAGCACUGCCCAGAAGCCGACUGGCUCUGUGGCUACUCCUCCCCCUCUGGUGAGAGGUACCAUAACAUCGAAUAAAGGACCUCUUCAGGUGACAGGUCGUAGCUCCGGCACGGUGAUUCCCCCACCAUUGGUACGGGGUGGGCAACACGUCCCGUCCAAACAUAACUCUCAGAUUGUUAUGCCUCCUCUAGUCAGAGGAGCUCAGCCUAUUGCAGUGACUCCCCAGCAGAUAGUGAGCCUACGUCAGCAUCAGCAGCACAGCGGGUCGGGUCCUCCUCCACUGUUGCUGGCUCCCAGGGCUUCAGUCCCCCAGGUCCAGGGCCAGAGGAUCAUUCAGCAGGGGCUCAUUCGUGUGGCUAAUGUGAGCAAUAGUAAUGUCAUGGUCAACAUCCCUCAGGCUUCUUCAUCAAGCGUAAAAGGCUCUUCAGUCUCACCCAACUCCAGUGUCAACGAUUCUCCAGCCAGCAGGCAGGCGGCUGCCAAACUAGCACUGCGUAAACAGUUGGAGAAGACGCUUUUGGAGAUUCCUCCACCCAAACCUCCUGCGCCUGAGUUCAACUUCCUGCCUUCUGCGGCUAAUAAUGAAUUCAUCUACUUGUUGGGGUUGGAAGAGGUGGUGCAAAAACUUUUGGAUAUGCAUGGCAGAGGUAAUUUAGGUCCAGCUGCUUCCAUGGCCAGCUCUUUUGCCAAAGAGCCAUUCACCUGUGCCCAAUGCAAGACAGACUUUACCUCCCGCUGGAGAAAGGAGAAAGCUGGCACCAUCCUCUGUGACCAGUGCAUGUCGUCCAAUCAGAAAAAGGCCCUGAAGGCUGAGCACACCAGCCGUCUCAAGGCAGCCUUUGUCAAGGCUCUCCAACAAGAGCAGGAGAUCGAGCAGCGUAUCCUCCAGCAGGCGGCCACCUCCUCCUCCUCUUCCUCCUCCUCCUCUGGUUCUAAAACCACCUCGUCCUCCUCUCCCUCGCUGUCCAAAAGUGAUGCUUUGGUGUCUCAGCAGUAUAAGCAGGUCAGAGCCGACCUGCAGCACAGAUCUUUGGCUGCACACCACUCCACCAUUAAACAGAGUCAGCUGUCUCACAGCAUCCAGAGCUCUCGUGGCAUAGCCCACUCCUUUACCUCCUCUCAGCUGCAGAAUGCAGCAACAGCAGCUGCRUUAGGCAGCAGAUCAGGGAAGCACGCUGCAGCUCUUGCUCUGCAGCACGGGACAAAGGUCGGUGCAGGCAGCAGUAACCAGGGCAACAUGGCAGCCUGGAGGAAACAGAGUGGUGGAAAUACAGGAGUGACUAUGGCCUAUGUGAACCCCAGCUUGUCGGCUCACAAGACCACUUCCGCUGUGGAGCGUCAGCGGGAAUAUCUGCUGGACAUGAUUCCCUCCCGUUCUAUCUCCCAAGCUGCAAACACAUGGAAAUAAUGCAAUCUUACUACUUACUGACACCACAACUCUUAGCUUUCUUAAUAUCAGAAACAGCCAUUCUCAUUAWCAUUCAGAUCUUUUCUAUGCUCUGAAACUCUGCCUCUGUCCCAGAUGGCCAUGGGGCAGGAGGAGGUUUUUGUUUUAGAC